GAUUUUGCUGAAAGCCUAGGGCGGUGGAUGAAUCAGAGUAUCUGUCUGUAUUGAUCGCUGCGUGUGGUGUGGAUCGGUGGAGACUAGUCGUUCACUAUUUUAUGCCGCGCGGUUAUUAGAUGUAGCUGCUUAGACUUCAAUAUCGCUGGAAAUUAAUUAUCUACGUCGUUUUGUGUUUCGUGUCAUCAAAUGUCUGGGGACCAAAGGACUAUGAUCAAAGGUAGUCCCUCCCAAUAUGUGAAGCUCAAUGUUGGAGGGACGUUAUAUUACGCAACCAUAGCAACUCUUACAAAAUAUGAUAACAUGUUGAAGGCAAUGUUUAGUGGAAGAAUGGAGGUUCUUACAGAUUCAGAAGGCUGGAUUCUGGUUGACCGUUGUGGCAAGCAUUUUGGCACAGUGCUCAACUACCUGAGGGACGGCACUGUGACUUUGCCGGACACUGCCCGCGAGCUGGCCGAACUAUACACGGAGGCCAAGUACUACUGCAUACAGGAGCUCGGCGAGGCGUGCGACAGCGCACUGAAGAAGCUCACCGACCGAGACGUGCAGCCCAUCUGUCGGAUCCCGCUCAUCACCAGCUCGCGCGAGGAGCACCAGCUCAUCAGCCAGAGCACCAAGCCCGUGGUCAAGCUGCUCAUCAACCGGCACAACAACAAGUACUCGUACACCAGCGCGUCCGACGACAACAUGCUGAAGAACCUGGAGAUGUUCGACAAGCUGAGCCUUCGCUUCAGCCAUCGCGUGCUCUUCAUCAAGGACGUGACGGCCACCAACGAGAUCUGCAUGUGGACCUUCUACGGCCGCGGUCAGAAGGUGGCCGAGGUCUGCUGCACCUCCAUCGUGUACGCCACCGACAAGAAGCACACCAAGGUGGAGUGCCACGAGGCGCGCAUCUACGAGGAGACGCUGAACAUUAUGCUGUACGAGGCGUGCGACUCGCCGGACGCCGAGCUGAUGCAGGCCACCGCGCGCCGGCCGGCAGCCGCCUUCGGCUGCACCAGCGACGACGACGAGCCGGCGGCCGCCGCCGCCGCCGCCGGCGCGCGCUCCAAGCACGGACUGGACCGGCUGCGCUCCAACAAGCAGGCGGCGCACGCGCACGCGGUGCCGCCGCCGCCGGCGCCGCCGCUGUGAGCGGCCGAGUGGCGGCAGUGGAGCGAGUGGCGGCGCGGCGCGCAGCCGAGCCGACCCCUGUCAGCCGAUCCUUCGGCACGAGUCCGCCCACUCGGUGACUGCCGAGAGACGCACGGCACCCAUACUUCAGCCGAGCGCCACGGCUGCGGCUCAGCGUACUUGUAGAAUUUGUGGAUAUGCUUUGCCUGUAUCGUUACGUAUAUACUGUGUCAAACAUAUAUUUUCAUCGCCAUGUUGCAGUUAUUGGCGGAGCAAUUUGAUAUCCGAAUGCAUCAUGCAAUUAUGAAUGGUAGAGCGGGUUGUUUUGAAGCCAGUUUGUAUGCCUCUUCUUGUCCAUAAACGCGUCUAUUGUAAUCUCAUUUUGUAAGCCGAGCGUUGUGCAUCAUAGCGCUGUCUCCACCUGCGUGCUGUUGUGCCGCCGCGGACCGGUCGGCGCCGCUCGGCCGCUGCGCCCGAGCUCCGCUAUAGGCGCCCGCGCUGGUGCGCGUGUCUGAGCCGGCUCGGUCCAGUGUCGGGGCCGGCUCGGUCCAGUGCCGGGGCCGGCUCGGUCCAGUGUCUGGGCCGGCUCGGUCCAGUGUCGGGGCCGGCUCGGUCCAGUGUCUGGGCCGGCUCGGUCCAGUGUCUGGGCCGGCUCGGUCCAGUCUCUGGGCCGGCUCGGUCCAGUGUCUGGGCCGGCUCGGUCCAGUGUCGGGGCCGGCUCGGUCCAGUGUCUGGGCCGGCUCGGUCCAGUGUCUGGGCCGGCUCGGUCCAGUGUCGGGGCCGGCUCGGUCCAGUCUCUGGGCCGGCUCGGUCCAGUGUCUGGGCCGGCACGGUCCAGUGUCGCGGCCGGCCGGCCCCAGGGAGCCAAUGAGACAGAGGCUGUGACGGCGGGGCUCCCAGCGCCUCUGCCAACGCCCAACAGAUUCAUAAUAUAUGCAGUGAGACA